CGUACACAUUCACAAAAUGAAGAUAUCAUUUCUCAUCUUUUUCAUUAUCUCCAUCUCCUCACUUGGCCAAUCCCUCGUCCUCGAUACUGACCAGAUGUCCCUCUUAACCGGUCCCAGCUACUAUAUCGUGCCAGCAGUCAGCGGCAGGGGAGGUGGCGUAAAGCUAGCCCCGACGACAUCAAACCAAACAUGCCCUCUAGACGUAGCGCAAGAAAAUAACGAACAACUCAACGGAUCACCAGUGAAUUUCCUUCUUGCCAUCCCAAAUAGAGGCGGUGGCAUUCGUGAAUCCAUGGAUCUUAACAUUAGGUUCUCGGGUGCAACAACAUGUGGUAAGCCUGCGGUUUGGCGGAUUGAGAAUGUUAACGGGCAAAGGGUUGUGACGAGCCGUGGGGUCCUCGGAAACCCAGGAAGGGAAACCAUAAGCAGUUGGUUUAAGAUAGUGAAAUAUGAGGAUGCUUAUAAGAUUGUGUUUUGUCCAGCGGUGUGUAAGACGUGUAGGCCGGCUUGUGGAGAUGUUGGUUCUACAAUUGCUAAAAAUGGACGCAGAAGUUUGGUCUUGAGUAGCAAGGACCCUCUUAAGGUCAAGUUCAAGAAGGCAUAAUAUUGCACUCAUUAGUGAUAAUUAUAUACUAGCUAGUAGUAUAUGUCUUUAUUUCAAGUUGUAACGAUAUGUGAUAA